AUGUCCGAGCCCCAAGCUAGCACCGGCGGCCGUGUCCUCGCCGCCCACCAGGGCCAAGACGUCCAUAGCCUCGACGGCAGUGGAGGAGCGACCCUCGCCUGGCCCGGCAGCAGCGCUCCCGUGGCGCAAGCUAUGAUGGCGGCAGAGGCACCUGCCCCAGCAGCCACGCUCCUGUGGCGCAAGCCGCCCGUCGCACUCCUGCUCCGUCCCUUCCUCCUGCACGCGAGCUCCCGUCGGCGACGAGCAAGCUCUACGAUGGCGCAAGAUCCCACCGGCCACGCGAUGUAUGUCUUUGUGAAGAGCUCCACUGGCAGGACAAUCUGUCUCAGGGUCCAGCCAACUGAUACCUUGUCUACUGUCAAGGCAAAGAUCCAGGAACAAUACCGCCUUGUCUUUGAUGGAGUGGAGCUUGAUGAAGACUACCUUACGUUGGCUGAUUACAACAUCCAGCACAGAUCCACGCUUGACCUUGAAGAGAAGAUGCAAAUCUAUGUAUUGGAGACGCUAUUAGGCACGACCAUCACUGUUGAGGUUGACAGCUCAGAUACUAUUGGUAACGUGAAGGACAAGAUUGAAUCGACGGAGGGCUUCCCCAAGCAUCAACAGUGCCUCCUCUUUGACAACAAACAGCUAGAUGACAACCACACCUUGGCGGAGAACAACAUUUGGAAGGAGGCCAACCUUCUCCUUGUCCUCCACUCGUCUCCAAGAGGUACGAUGCAGAUCUUUGCGAAGACGAUGACUGGAAAGGCCCUAACUCUAGAGGUGAACAGCACUGACACCUUCGGCAAUGUCAAGAUGAUGAUCUAUAAGAAGGAUGGCACUCGGCCUAAACAGCAACGCCUCAUCUUUGCUGGCAAUCAGCUAGAUGAUGACUGCACUCUUGGAGACUAUGGCAUUCAGAAGGAGGCGACCAUCCAUGUGGUGCUCUGCCUGUGUGGUUGUUGA